AAAUAAUGGCCUUAUAUUUUCAGAAUGUAUCAAGUACCAGAUUACAAUCAGACUGUGUCAAUGAAGCUAUCAGAGGUUCUGGCUGAUAUAGGUGUUGAUGAGAGAAUAGUGAUGAAGAGGAGAAGAACAUGGCUUCUGAUGGAAUCAAUAGAAAAUAUAACUUUACCAACUACUUGAUAAAAAUGCUUCAGCAUACUUUUUUGGGAGUCAAUCAGAAGGUACAACUACAACAGGAAUGCAAUCAGACCUAGAUCAACUAUAUUGCGAUAAAGCAUUCCCUGUGAUACAAGACUGGAGAGACUGGAUACCUGGUUUAUAUAAUCAUUUGAUGAUUCAAGAUAAUUCUGUAUCUCCUGGAUAUUGUUUACUUCAAGUGCUGAGACCUGAUGCUCCUCUUCCUGAAGAUGGUGAAUCUGAUCAAUUCUUUUUCAAAGACAGAACAGGAAAAUUACUUUUAAAGAAUUUUAUAGUAUCUUUAUUUAAUAUAAACCAUGAAAUACAUGGGCCAGCAGGUUUUCAACAAGGACAACCAGGCAUCUGUGAUAAAGAUUCUGUGUUUGCUCUACAUUGUACAACAUGGCCACAACAAGCUAGACAAUGGUUGGAUCAGCAAGGUGAAGGUCAAUGGCCAUCUGCUGAAAUGAAACAAUAUUGCAGCAGAACUGGAUGCUUUGUUGUUGGUGUUGGAUGUAGUGGCAGUGAACAUGAGCAACUUGAAUGGAGAAUAUCAACAUCUUUAGCAGAAAGGUGUUUAAUGUUCAACCUGAAUAUUACACAGAUUCGCUGUUAUGUCUUGAUGAAAAUUAUUUUAAAAACAUUUAUAAAUCCACUGUUUAAAGAUGUUAUUACAAGUUUUAUGUGUAAAACUGUACUCUUCCAUUGUAUUUCCAAUACACAUUCUAACAUCUGGAGAGAAAAUAACUUACUUUCUUGUCUAUCACUGUGUUUAUAUCUCCUGUACAACAAUAUCAUUAAUGAAAAUUGUCCGCAUUUUAUCAUACCUGGGAACAAUUUAAUGAGGGGGAAAAUUUCACCUGCAGUCAAACCAUAUAUCCUGGAAAUAUUAAGAAAUAUCAUCAACAGUGAAGGAGUAGCACUUCUUUGGAUUAAAUGUGAUGCUCUUGGUUCCAGGCUUCAACGUAAAAUUUUAAAUUUAGGUACAAUCAAGACAACUGACAUUACUUCAGGAUCACAAUUAUUUAAUCUAGCAGUAUAUAUAUAUUAUACACUGAAAAGAAUUAAUUAUCAUCUUAAGGACAGUAGUCCUAAUGAAGCUGUAGAAAUAUUAAAGAACUUUGUAUUGAAGACAAUCAACUGUCAAUAUGAAGGAUUAGAUAAGCCAGCCACUCAUCUUCUGUUACCAUGGUAUUGUACAACACUUGGAUCUGUCCUGGCUUCACUCAACAUCUAUCAUUACAACACUGUAUCAGCAGAUGCCCUCAAACUCAUCUCACUUGGUCUGAAUACAGAUGUUGCAUCAAGUAAACUGAAACUAGCUUCUAUUUUAUAUCGUGUACAAGAAAUACAAAAAGCUAACGCAGUACUCAGUGAGAUUGAAAGAAGAUAUGAUCUACAAAUUGUUGAGCCUGUCUGUAGUUGUUAUCAAUUUGAGAUAAAAUCAGUAAGACAAGGAUUCUAUAAAUUAUGUGAAAAUCAUAAUGAAGAAAUCUUACAGUAUACAACAGCAUCAUGUGUUAGAUAUCUGCAAUGUGAAAUUCACUGUGUACCAAAUGAACUCAGGUAUGAAAUGUUUAGAUCUACACAAGAGGACAGAAUGUUUCGUACAAAAGAAGACAACGACUGGAUGGAUUGUGCUGUAGUGGAUUCCCUCCCUUACCUCUACUUUCUACAAUACAAAGUUUACAGCCAUCUUGGAAGACAUGACCUGAAACAAGCUGCGCUCUUCAAAUUAAUCAGAACCAUAAAAAAGGAACGAAACCUUGGACAUCAGGAAACAGCUCUAAAUCUUCUAGGAAAAUGCAUGGAACAAGAAGGUAGAGCUGGAGACGCUUUACAGUGUUAUUUGAUGUCACUUAAUAUAAGGGGGAGAAACAAUGCUGCAAAGAUUCAUAUCACCAUACUCCUAUCUGUACUGAUAAAUACAAGGAGAUAAAAGGUAUGCAAAAUAUGUGGAAAUGACUAAAGCAAGACAGUGAGACAAAUGAGUGGUAGCUACAAGCUAGAUUAUGACAGCAACAUUCGUGCUCAACAUCAUCUUAUAUUUUGUCAAAUAGCAAAUUUCUUGUCAUAAGAAACACUUUUUGAUACAUAUGUGUAUGUCAUCCAUAAUUCCAUAUGUGAAAGAGAUAAAGCAAACUGUCAUAUAGUCUGGUUUUCAUGUCUGAUUGUUGAUAUUUCAUAGUCUGGUUUUCAUGUCUGAUUGUUGAUAUUUCAUAGUCUGGUUUUCAUGUCUGAUUGUUGAUAUUUCAUAGUCUGGUUUUCAUGUCUGAUUGUUGAUAUUUCAUAGUCUGGUUUUCAUGUCUGAUUGUUGAUAUUUCAUAGUCUGGUUUUCAUGUCUGAUUGUUGAUAUUUCAUAGUCUGGUUUUCAUGUCUGAUUGUUGAUAUUUCAUAGUCUGGUUUUCAUGUCUGAUUGUUGAUAUUUCAUAGUCUGGUUUUCAUGUCUGAUUGUUGAUAUUUCAUAGUCUGGUUUUCAUGUCUGAUUGUUGAUAUUUCAUAGUCUGGUUUUCAUGUCUGAUUGUUGAUAUUUCAUAUAGUCUGGUUUUCAUGUCUGAUUGUUGAUAUUUCAUAGCCUGGUUUUCAUGUCUGAUUGUUGAUAUUUCAUAGUCUGGUUUUCAUGUCUGAUUGUUGAUAUUUCAUAGUCUGGUUUUCAUGUUUGAUUGUUGAUAUUUCAUAGUCUGGUUUUCAUGUCUGAUUGUUGAUAUUUCAAAGUAAGAUAAUAACUUCACUUUUGUAUUGAUAUGUCUGAUUCUCAUCAUUUUGGUAGUAUUCAUUAUCUUCACAUGAAAUAAUCAGUAAUUGCUCAUUUAUCAUCAUCUAUUGAACUCAUUUUUACAAAUAUCUUUAUUCCUUAAACUUUUCUAAAAUGUUUUUCGAAGCUGCCAUGUUAUAGGUUAGUACAUAAUAAUAUCCAUAUUUUCGUACUUUAAAUAAUUGAAGCAUAUUUAGCUUUACUGCAUAAUAUGUAUUUGUAAUUUGUAUCAACAAUUGUUGAAGAAAUAAACUUUUAUGGGUUAGUUUUGUAAAAGAAGAUGGUACUAUUUCUUCAUUAAUUUAUGUAGUUGACUUGAGUACCUGUAAAUAAAUCCUGUCAAUUUAC